AUGGCCGCGCUCCGCCACCUUCUCCCGUUGCUCCUCCUCUCCCUUCUCCUGCAUGUCUGCUUCUGCAACCUCAUGGGCGUCGAUCUUGGCCUGGGCUACAUCAAAGUCGCCGUCGCCCGCCCCGGUAAAGGCCUGGAGUUAGUCACGAACGAGCAAGCGAAGCGCAAGACCCCCGCGGCCGUCGGCUUCACAGAGGAAGGCGAGCGUCUCUUUGGCGACGCCGCCGUCGCCUACGCCGCGAAAGCCCCAGCCCGCGCCAUUCUGGACGGCCGCGCCCUCAUCGGCGAGUGCGUCGAGGGCGAACACCCACCCCUGUGCGCGAGGAAGACCCUCUCGCUGGCGGAUGGCACCGUCGGCCCGUUCUCCGGCGAGGAGAUCAUCGCCAUGCUCCUGGGCAUGGCCAGACGACAGGCGAGCGCCUUCCUGGGCGGCGCCGUCGUCAAGGACGUCGCGAUUACCGUGCCCCCGUGGUAUGACGACAGGCAGAGGCAGGCGGUGGCUGACGCUGCCAGGGUCAUCGGCCUCAAUUGCUUGGGAAUCGUCAAUGCCAAUACGGCUGCCGCUAUCAAGUACGCGCUUGAUGGUAAGGCAAAGCCGACUGAGGACGCCAUCGCCGCGGAGAAGGCAAAGGACAAGAAGAAGCGCACCCCGAAGACUAUCACCCAGCGCGUUAUGUUCUACGAUAUCGGUGCCGGAUCCGCCUCCGCUUCCAUCGCCGAGGUCACUUCGGAUGUCAAGACCGGUGUCGCUUCCUCCGUCAAGAUGCUCGCUCACGCCUGGGAAAAGGGCGUGGGGGGCCGCUUGCUCGAUGCCGUCGUUGUCGAUAGACUGGCCGACGCUUUUGACACGCAGAGAGGGAAUGGCGCCACACCGUCCAGAACGCUCCCGCGUGUCAUGAUGAGGCUUCGCAAGGAAGCCCAGCGUGUUCGUGAGGUGCUCAGCGCCAACACCAACACCAUGGUGUCUGUCGCAAGCUUGCACGACGAUGUCGACUUGCGCACCACUCUCAAACGGGCUGACUUUGAAAGCGACGCAGAGUCGAUGCUUAAUUUGGUUGGCGGGCCGGCCAAAACCGCCCUCAGCGAGGCAAAGAUGAAGCCGGAGGACUUGGAUGCCAUUGUACCGUUUGGGGGAACGAGCAGGACUCCGCGUGUGCAGGAUGAGCUCAUGAAGGUACUUAACGUGAAGGCGUUGAAUAAGAGUAUCAACACCGAUGAGGCAGCUGUCAUGGGAUCCGUGUUCUUUGCUGCGUCCAUGAGCAGCACUUUCCGCGUUCGCAAGCUCGACUUUGAAGAUGUCUAUUCCCGAUCCAUUUCGGCCGAAAUUGAGAAGGACAGCUCCAGCGGCUUGUUUUCAGGAAAGGGCAAACCAGUCGUCCAGAAAGUUGCCAUUUUCCCAGACGGCAGCGCGAAGAUGCCGGCCAAGAAGACCCUCAGUCUCAACCGAGACAAGGACUUUGGCCUGUCCGUCUAUUUGGGUAUUGACAGUCUCGGCAAGUCCCGCUUUCCAGAACGGACCCUAUACUCAAAGAUCAAGGUGACAGGAGUCGCAGACGUAUUGAAGAAAUUGAAGGACCAAUCCAAAGCUAAAACCUUGACUCCGCGGGUGGCACUGACUUUCCACGUCGAUCGAAGCGGUCUCGUUCGUAUCGGAACGGCCGAGAGUUCGGUUGACGAAACUAUCAUAGUAGAGCGUGAAGUCGAGAUCAAGGAAGAAAAGCCUGACAAAGCCAAGGGGGACAAGGGGAAGGCUUCGAAGGACACUUCCUCUUCACCAAGCGCCGAGGUCAAGGAUGUGACAGCUGAAAACGAUAAGGCUGAAACUGAAAAGAAAGAAAACACAGACGAAGAGUCCGACAAAGACGCGUCCAAGGACAACGAGGAAUCAAAAACGAACAGCAAGGACACGAAGAAGAAAAAGAAGACAAAGAUCGAAAAAUCCUCUCAAACAAUUGUUCACCGUCAUACGCUCACGAUUGAGUACGAUAGUUCGGAAGGUAUCAUGGGAAUGCAGAUGUCUGGCGCUGAUCUGAAGGCCGCGCAGAAGACUUUGAAGGACCUUGAGGCUGCCGAUUUGGAGAGAGUGGAACGUGCCGAUGCACUGAACUCCCUGGAAGGAUUUAUUCUUGAGAUUGGCUCCAAAGUGCGCAAUGCGGACGAAGAUGAUGACUUGUACAAAGUUUCCACGGAGGCUGAACGCCAGAAACUGGUAGAAGUGUUUAACGAGGGCGAAGACUGGAUGUACACUGAUGAGGCGAAGCACACGGCAAACCUUCGGAAAAAGCAUUUUGAACUGCAAAAGUUGUUCGAGCCGAUGCAACAGCGAGCGAAAGAAUUUGCCGGUCGACCUAACGCGUUUAAGAAGUUGGAAGAAGGAAUCGCGAUGGCUCUUGAAAAGGUCGUGGAGCUCCGCGACUUGCACGUCGAGAGGGGAAGUAAGCAUGUUGGAGAAUUUGAGAAGUUUACCAACUUUUGCGAGACGGCAAAGGGGUGGAUUUCGGAAGGUAUCGACGCCCAAAAGAACAAACCCUUGACUGAUGACCCAGUGGUAACACUCAAAGACAUCAUGGGCAAAGGCUUGGAGUUGAGGAAACAAAUUGAGCGACUUGUGAAACUAGAAAUUCCGCCGGCACCGAAGCCGUCGCCAACACCAGCGGUGAAGGAAGAAUCCUCAGAGAAGACGGAUGAAUCCGCAAACUUAACAUCGUCUGAAGGAUCUUCUGGUGAGGACGAUACAAUUGAGAAGGUGUUCAGCGGGGGGGACGCCGAGGCUGCCAAGGCUGAUACAGCGUCGUCAGGUGGCAUCAAAGACGAGCUGUAGGUGGACUCCAGGAGGUAACCAUUUUUGAGAUGUCGCGAGCAGUGUGGCGACUCUUUGAGCUUGCUACAGACCUGAUUAAUUAUCUUGCACCGAACUAGGGUCGAAAGCAUCAACUGACAACUGCACAGGGAUAUUGUGUAAAAGCUAAAAACAGUAACAUCUUGACGUUGCCUGUCGCACUGGCGA